AUUUAUUACUCCUUCGGCUAUCCGCGGAAUCAGACGUAAGUCAGUGCAAAUCUUCGGACUUGAUGGUAAAACCAAAAACGAGGCCCCGGCUGUAUCAAGCAACGUCAAGGUGCGGGUUCCUGUACUGCUUCUGCUGCUAGUGGUGUUGUGUUAUCUAAAAGCUAAGCUCCUGUUUGCGUAAUAAUCGGUGGAACUGGAUAUCGAUGCCUAGGCAGCAUCUAACAUAUCAUCUAGCAAAAUCAUCAAAUAAAAUAUCCGGCCGUGAACAGGUUUGCAUCAACGGGGCCUGACUGGUGAAAAACUUGAAAGCGAAAAAUCACGCAGGUCGCAUACAUAAGAAUUUAAUUGCGCAAGUUGCCUAGUUUGCGGUCGGACGGACAAACUGCAAUCCGUGCAACGGUGACAGAACUUUGGGUACGAUUGAGUACUAGUACUAGGCUCCGAAAAAACAGACGGUAGAAGUUUCUAGCAAGUGUUGAUUUAUAACUGCCUUCUCGGCACCAGUGCCAAUUGUGUCGUGCCACCGCACAGUGAAUGUUGUACAACCUCUUCGUUUAUAACACCGUUUAUUCAAGAGCAUAAGUGAACCUGAACCGCGUAAGUGUGGCAAGAUUAGUGCUGGCGGGGAAGUAAGAUAAUUCUAGAAGAUUUUCAAUCCACCCAGCGCUGGGUGUUAGGCAAAACAAAAUCUGCUCGAUCCGUCGAAAAUUGCUCAGUGUUGAUCAUGAACGUGGUGUCGAUACGGCAAAUGUUGACCUCUCCGGUUUCGGUGCUGCUGCUGCUGUCGGUUGUACAGGCCAAGGAAAUCAUCAUUCGCAAUAAGGAAUUUCCGCAGCUGACAGAGAAACCUGACUGGCUGCGAGUUUGCCGGAGAGACAACCCCAACGAAGACAAUUGCUUCAAGCGAAUGUUCGAGGAGACGUUCCCGUAUAUAGCCAAAGGAAUACCAGAAAUCGGCGUCCAAUCAUUCGAUCCGCUACGGCUGGAGUCUAUUCAGGUGUCUCGAGGUUCCGGAGCCUUGUCACUUAGUGGGGGUUUUAAAAAGCUAAACAUCAAGGGCCCAUCGAACACGACUGUCCGGCGGGCUAGUUUGAAUUUUGGAAAUCAAACACUGGACUUUGAUCUAGAAAUCCCCAAGCUGAAAAUCGAUGCCGUGUACAAUCUGAAAGGCAACGUCCUUUUGCUGCCACUCGUCGGUGACGGUGACAUAACGAUGGUAUUGAAAGACGUCAAAACAUCCGUCGCGACCAAGUUCAGUGUGCGUCCAAUGCCCGAGGACGCAAUCUUCAUCGAUGAAAUGAAAGUCACCUUCCUAGUUGGCGGAAUACGCAUGCAUCUGGACAAUCUCUUCCAAGGCAAUCAGGUUCUGGGUGCAUCGUUGAAUCUCUUCUUGAACCAGAAUGCCAACGAGGUGGUGUCGGAACUGCGGACGGAUCUCGAGUACGGAUUGGCGGAUAUUUUCACCGGAUUGUGGAACGAACUGUUCAACAAGCUGCCCUUGAAGCUGUGGAUGUUGUGAUUCUGGUGUUGCUACCUAUUGUUCUAGUAGUAGUGAUCUGUAAAUAUUGAUUAUUGUAGAACGUGAGCUUCCAACAAACCGAGGUUAAGCUCGCUUAUGUAGUGUCAUAGAAGUCCUAGAUUCUCUAUUCAUGGAAGAACUGAAAAUUCUCUGAUCUGUCAUUGUUAGCUUUAGGCCAAAUACAAAAUAUGUAAAUAAGACGUGAAAAUUAAA